AUGGCCUGUGGUUUGGUCGCCAGCAACCUGAAUCUCAAACCCGGCGAGUGCCUCCGAGUGCGGGGCCAGAUAGCCCCCGACGCCAAGAGCUUCUCGCUGAACCUGGGCAAAGAUGACAACAACAUGUGCCUGCACUUCAACCCUCGCUUCGACAUGCACGGAGACAUCAACACCAUUGUGUGCAACAGCAAGGACGCCGGGGCCUGGGGGGCCGAGCAGCGGGAGACUGCCUUCCCCUUCCAGCCUGGCAGUGUUGCGGAGGUGUGCAUCUCCUUCGACCAGGCCGACCUGACCAUCCAGCUGCCGGAUGGAUACUCAUUCAAGUUCCCCAACCGCCUCAACCUGGAGUCCAUCAAUUACCUGACAGCUGAAGGCGACUUCAAGAUCAAGUGUGUGGCCUUUGAUUGA